UCGUAGGAGCACGAGCGUCGCUCCGCGGAAUCCACCAUCGUAAAAGCUUUCGAACCGUGUCAUCGGCUCGGGAAGUGGGGAUACGCGAGCCUCGGAGAAAUGUCGAGCUGUGGGCAGUUGGGAUAAGGAAUUUGAAGAAUUGGCUGACUCCCCCCCAUUCAUCGCGGAUUUAAUGUGACCCACAUUCGAGCACGAAAUCUUUCUCCUCCCCGUCGUUGCGCACCGAUGCAUCAACGUUCGCGGGCUUACUCUCGCGAUACCGACACGUCGUGUCUCGGAUUAUUUUUAUUCGUGUUUGGAGAUUUAUUUAUUAUUAAGAAUUGAUAAUUGUUUUAGUCGAAGCGAUCUAACGCCGAUCGAUCAACUUGUUUAUAAACAAAUUUCAUAAUUUCCCUUACAAAGUUGAUAUAAAUUAAUAUAAUUAUAUCUUAAAUUCAGAGAGUAGUGAAAGAAACGAAAGCAGGAAAACACCUGGCUUCUCGGAUAGGAAAUUUGGUCAUAAAAAUUGAAGGCCCAAAGGAAUGGAAGCUGCGAAAUAGUUUUGCGGGAUGUCGGGGGAAAAAUAAGACGAACGAGAGCGCGCUCCUUCGCGGUGUGCGGGGCCAUCAAAAAAUUGAGUAAACUCAAUGUGCAAACUGCGAGGACGACGACGACGACGACGACGACGAGGCCGCCGUCGUCGUCUUGAAAGUGAGUGAGUGAGCAAAGGAGAGAAAGAGAAAGAGAGGCAGAGAGGAGUAAAAGACGACGAAUCGCGUAGUUGGAAGUUACGAUUGCCCGGUGGGAUAGACUCACGAGUCGCGAGCAAUCAGUCUAGCACGAGCAGCCGCUCAGGAGACACCUACACGGGACUUGCUUCUUCCAAGUUGAAGCGAAAACGGAAAUACGAUGCCUGUCCCUGGUAGCCUGGAAGAUCUGAGUAGAAGGAAAGCCUGCGAGAUUCUCAAGGGAGUUUGUCAAAGUUUGCAAAGCCUAUUGAGCCUGGGUGGAUCGGGCCCUUACGCGUUGGAAUACGCGAAACGAGUGCUCAGGCCGUAUUACGUAAAUUCAUUACCGGGAACGAUACGUUGCCGAAUGAUUGACGAGACGUGGAACGACCUUUACUACGGUAGCGUUAAUUCCGCCGGUUUUAUUCAGACACCGCUGUAUCUGUUGACAAUAUUGUUAGGACCGGACGUCAAGAAAUUGAGGAUACGAUUGUGCUGUUAUUACGGAUGCAGCCAUCAGGCCGAUUUGUUGAAGCUAUUGUCGAGCGAGGGAAUUGGUAUGGAAUCUCUCGAAUUGGAGCGUACAGCGAUAUUGCGCCUGGAUUCGCAUCUCUUGCGAGCCGCUCUCACGAAUAUGGCGAAUCUACGAAGCUUGACGAUGAAGAACAUCGCGAACGAUUCGAUCUUGGCUUCGAUCGGUCGAGCCUGUCCAAAUUUGCUUGUCCUCGAUAUUGCCUGCUCGCAACAAGUUACCGAUCGUGGCCUUCACCAUCUCUUGGUCAAGUAUCGUUUUUCCACGAAAAAAGAUACGAGCGUUAAAAUAGCCGAACGAGACGGCCCGAACGAUCGUCAGGGCCGGAAAACCACGUGGUCGCGGAUAAAAGCGUUACUGAAAAAGCUCGACGCGAAGGAGGAUAAGCGCGCGGCGAAGGAAGAAUAUUUACUCGAAAUUAGUGAAACUCGUAAUCCCAUUUGCGAUACUCUCAGAGUUUUGAACAUAACGAAAACGAGAGUGACGACGAAUGGUAUUUUAAUGGUGUUGUCCCGGGUGCCCGAGCUCGAAUCAUUGGCCGACUAUUGCCCGAUUAGCUCGUUAACCGAGAUCCACGAUCGUGCUACACCCGCCGAUCCUACGACUUUUCGUCUUAGGGAGGCGCACGACAGUGAUACGACCACCAAGAGGCUCCGGUCCCUCGCGGAUGCUUGUCCUCGAUUGGAAAAACUCUCAAUCCUUAACCCCCGACAUCCGGCGAGCGGAUUGAGAGCCUUUUCGUCUCUCACUUGUCUGACCAUCGACGCGUUAUCUUGCGAAAUAAGCGAUUGGACGGAAUCACUGAACGAUUAUCUUCGGACGAACGGUUCCAAACUCGAGGAAUUGAAUUUACGGGUGAAAAAACACGGUGACUGCGCGCCACCCGAAUUCGAUAUUGAACAAGUUUUUAUGAAUUGUCCGAACCUGGUGAGCCUGACGAAAGUGGGAGGUCGCGUUGUCUGGAAAAACAGCGAUCGACCGACCUCUCUCAUGAAACAUUUGAAAAUCAUUCAGAUCGGUAAUAUCGUCAGUGUCGAUACGAUCCUCAAUAUAUUGACGCAUUCCCCCGAACUUGCUUCUCUCCAUGUGAAAAGUUGCAACCAAUUGAACGAUCGAGACGUUGAAUUUCUCUCGAAAAGUCUCGCUCAUCAAAAUUUGACCUGCUUGUACAUCGGGGAAGCCAAUAAACUCACCGCCAAAGCUCUUACUUAUUUUCUACAAUGUUGCAAUCGUUUGGAACGCAUCGGCAAUCUCGACAAUUGGAACUUGAGUUGCUACGACAUUCGAUCCGUCACCGAGAUCCUUACCAAACGGAGCGUCAAUUUAAAAUGUUCUUCGAUUCAUCAUUGGUACUUCAACAUCUGUCAAUCGUUCGAAAGGCAUUUGCAAAAAAAAAGCAUUUGCGAAUUAUGAUUUAUAUCGCUUUUCACAUUUAUUCACGCAUUCCCCAUUUUUCUUGUCCGAUGCCAUGUAGAACAAAACAAAUGUCUUAUUGCUUGAAUUAUAGAAGAUCUGUUUUUUUUUUAAUCGCGGCAUUCGAAUUAUAUUUUUUUAAAUAAAUAAAUUUCCCUAUGAAAGAAUGUCUUCUGCGAAUAACGCGUUUGAAGCGUUUGAUCGGAACAAACGACGUCGUCGAUCCUAUAGCUAGUAAAUUCGAUGAAAUAAACGAGCUUUAAAAAUUCAA